GCUGUACUGUGUUUGCUUUCAUAUUCAAGGUCACUAUGUUCAGUGCAUUUUACUAUGAAAGUCACGGCGAGUUACAUUACAACAGUUUGCCCUUUUCGCUGAGGCUCGUCAUUUCCUCUUCACUGGUUCGGCACAUGCACGGGUACCUGCACGUUAGCACAGGGCAGGCUGAUUGAGUGCAUGCAUGAUGAACUUCGGGGACCUACUCUCCAAUGGCAUAUUGAUUCAGCGAUUAGCUGUAUUAGUCACUGUAUCGGCAAUGCGCCACCCGGAAAAAUGUCCAUUGUCUGCUAUCUUGAUAAGAAGAGUGUAGCGACCACGCACACGUGUUUAGAGCCACCAAAAAUCUGUUUCAACGAAGACAGCUAUAGCAGAACCCCACACAAGCAGAAAUUUUAGCUGGGAACGCAGUGUUCGUCAUACUGCAAACAAACACUGCAUGCACGCGAGCGCGAGAUCGCAGGCACAAUUUAGUCAUUCGGGGGUCGAAAUAGAGAAAAACAGGCAUGAGGGGAUCGAGCAACACUUCAAACGGUGCAGUAACCAGGAUGAUGCACGGCAAACGUGGCAAACGCGCCAAAGCAACGCCAAGAAUGGAUGUCAGUGACAACCGCUCGACCGAAUCAUCAUCUGUGUCCGACGUGAGGCAAGACGAGUCUAGUUACCAGCCCCUGCCCUUGAUGGCGCGCCUGUUUUUCUACGGGAUGCACGGGUUCCUGGACGAGGUCAUCUUCACCGCAUUGUAUGAGAUCGUUAUACACAACAAGCCCAAUUACCAGCUGGUUGGAUACACCUCCAUCUACUCUUUCUUCAUCUACGGCAGCGCGAGCUACGUGGUGGAGAGGCUCUACGUUAGCCUCCGUCACCGAGUCCCGCUCGCUCCGCGGAUCGCCCUCUACGUCUGCGUGGCGUACACCUGGGAGCUCUGCAGCGGACUGCUGCUGCGCCAGUUCGAUGCGUGCUCCUGGGACUACAGCGACCACGCCUACAACUUCAUGGGCUUGAUCACGCUGGCCUACGCGCCGUGCUGGGCCCUCUGUGGUCUGUGGCAAGAUGUGCUGACCCGGUAUCUUUUGAAUCUACGAGUGGUCCCACCUCAAAUGAAACUGAUUUAAGUGGUUCGAUGUUUCCUUUUGCAGAAAAUAGUUCUUCCAAGCGAGACACGGUAUUUUUAGUGAAGUAACGGCGCACAAACAAUCAUGUUCGGUGCGUUGACGUCAUUUGACAGUUUGGCAAGAGUUGUGAAUGCCCAACCUGGAAUAAAAUUCUUCAAAAACGGAUGUGUUUGGUCAUUAUUUAGAGAAAUAAAUUUUCUAGCAAGGAGCAAGUUUCCAAGCGGAAGCGAUACAAUGAUGGCGUCUGCACCUUUGGCUUAAUAUAGUCACUGUCUGAGACCAAGCUUUAAAACUGAUCAAGUAGGCCUAUCCACGGAAUCAGUUGACAAAUAAACUCUGGGAAGUGGGUAAUUUCCAUUAAGCAAUACUUUAAACGGAAGUUUGAGAAGUAUGUUGGAAAAAAAGAAGAUAAAAACUGGGGACUAAAAGAGUUGCACAAAGGUAGCCAAGGCGGCAUGGGGACGGCUUCGUUUUUUCCCCGUCAUUUGCACACAGUGUAGGCUGCCGUAGCUGUGGAAAGCAAUGAUUUUAUACGCAACCCGAUUCUUCAAAUGAUAUGUAUGCUUUACCUACCAGUAAUUUAAGUCAGUAAAACAGUUUCAGUAUUACCAGAAGAUAUUUAUUAAGAAACUCUUAAAGGUCAAGAACAGCGGUAUUUAAUCUGACAUUCCGGUUUGCCUUUAAACUCAAAAAUAAUCCUAGUUUAUUAAAAAAUGUCAUUUCAAUGCAACCUACUGUUAUAUGAAAGCCUGCUCUUUCAUAGGUUAGACAUUUGUUGGAAUAGAUCUAUGCAUGUACAUACUUAUAGUUUUCGCUAUACACAAAGUACGGAGACCGGUAUUUUAGCUACUAGUUCAAAUGGCAUUGCGACAGUUAAAUGGUUUAUGUUUUUGGCUAUGCAUGUGUGACUGUGUGUGUAACUUUACUGUAACUCAGAUUGAUAAUAAAAAAAUACUUCUAAGA